AUGGCUCACCUCGAGGCACGAAAGCAUAUCUCGCCAGAUUCGGGAUUUCCCAUCACUCUUCACCCCCAUUUUAACCCUAAGAUAAAGGACCAUGUUCCUCCUGAAUCUACCCGCCAAUUGAUUGAUCCGCCCCAGGACCGAGCUCACUUCGCUGAUCCGGAAAAGAAGGCAUUGUUUUCGGCCGCCAAGAGAAUUGAUCUGACGGAAUCCAUUGGAACUGUUCUGCAGGAUAUUCAGCUUUCCCAGUUAUCAGAGCAGCAACUGGAUGAGCUGGCUCUGUUGGUCAACGAGAGAGGUGUGGUUUUCUUUCGCGAACAAGACUUGACGACUGAACAACAGGUCAAGCUUUUCGAGCAUUAUGGUAUUCUCGAUAGACAUCCAGCUCAGAAGGAUCAAAAAUUUGUGAUUAUCAAAGGUAGUAAGGGGGAUCAUCGUGAUGCUUUGAGCUACACUCCAUGGCCAUCGGGCGAUUUUCACGCAGAUACAUCUUUCGAGUUGAACCCCCCGUCUUACUCACUUUUGAGAAUGGAGGAGCAUCCUGAAUUCGGUGGAGAUACCGCGUGGGUUUCGCAGUAUGGCCUCUAUGAUGCCCUCAGCGACUCAUUUAAGAAGUUUCUUGAUGGCCUCCAUGCAGUGCAUACCUCGCGCUUUCAAUACGACACAAUUCUUGAUCUAUGGCAGGCCCCGGUAAAUCGACCACCCAUCGAUACCCAUCAUCCUGCCGUGCGAACCCACCCUGUCACCAGUCUAAAAGCUCUGAAUGUGAAUCCGGGUUUUGUUUCGGGAUUCGCUGAGUUAAAGAAAGUGGAGUCGGACAAAAUUCUUGACUUUAUUAAUUAUCACAUCCACUCAGGAGACGAUCAUGCAGUCCGGUGGAAAUGGGAAGUAGGAAGUGUUGCCAUGUGGGACAAUCGAUGCACCCUUCACCGAGUGAUUCCAGGCACGUAUGAAAGUCCUCGGCGGGGAAUUCGAACAACCGUCUUUGGUGAAAAACCAUUUUUUGAUCCUGCGAGCAAGUCUCGAAAUGAAAAGGCGCGGCACAACAACACUCAAGAAAAUGGAAUCAAGUCUUAG